AUGGCAGGAGCCCCCAUGGUCUUCAGAGAGCCAGUGGCCAGCUACGUGGAAUCUUGUCUCAAGAGAAAAAUCAUACCAUCCUUCAAGCCUCAUCCACCAGUCGUGGGCAAAGUGACACAUCACAGCAUCGAAUUGUACUGGGAUCUGGAAAAAACAAUGACGCGGCAAGGACCCCAGGAUCAGUGGCUCAGGUUCUCCAUAGAAGAGGAAGACCCCAAAAUGCACACUUACGGUAUCAUUUAUACGGGAUAUGCAACCAAGCAUGUGGUGGAAGGUCUGGAGCCCAGGACACCAUAUAAAUUUCGACUGAAGGUCACCAGCCCCUCAGGAGAAUACCAGUACAGCCCUGUCAUCUCCGUGUCUACAACCCGAGAACCCAUAAGCAGUGAGCACUUUCACCGAGCUGUCAAUGUGAACGACGAGGACUUGCUGCUUCGAAUACUAGAAGGAGGUCAUGUCAAGAUCGAUGUUCCCAAUAAGUUUGGCUUUACUGCUCUGAUGGUCGCAGCUCAGAAAGGAUACACCAGGCUUGUGAAACUCUUAAUUUCUAACGGCACGGAUGUGAAUCUGAAGAAUGGAAGUGGCAAGGACAGUCUGAUGCUCGCAUGCUACGAAGGACACCUCGAUGUCGUGAAGUAUCUCCGACGACACGGAGCUUCGUGGGAGGCAAGAGACCUGGGGGGCUGUACAGCGCUGCACUGGGCUGCAGAUGGAGGCCACUGCCCCGUGAUCGAGUGGAUGAUCAAGGAGGGCUGUGAGGUGGACGUCAUGGACACGGGUUCCGGGUGGACCCCGCUGAUGAGAGUCUCUGCGGUGUCUGGAAGCCAGAAGGUGGCCUCGGUCCUCAUCGACGCUGGGGCUGAUGUGAAUGUGAGGGACAAAGAUGGAAAGACACCUCUUAUGGUGGCUGUGUUGAAUAAUCACGAACAGUUGGUUCAGUUGCUUCUUGACAGAGGGGCAGAUCCAAGUGUCAAAAAUGAGUUUGGCAAGGGUGUGCUGGAAAUGGCUCGGGUUUUCGGCAGAAAGGUGGGCUUCCCUCUUGGCCUGUCUGGCUAA